AUUCCCAUUUGUAUUCUUUUAUUUUACGAAUAUUAUUACACUCGUAAAAUUCUAGUAACCGAUAUUAAGCAAUUUCAACUAUCUCAUGCUUCUGGUGGAGGAAUGAUAAAACUUUUCAAAUUUUCGUUUGACAAUAGUAACGAUAUUAAUGUUGAAAACAUUCCUCCAAUAAAUCAUCGUGGUGGAGUCGUUACCUUUUUAAGAUAUACUAAAAAUUCCCAGAAGAAAAGUGCAACACUUAUCUGCAUGGAUUAUAUGAGAAUACAAAAGAUUAAAAUUAAGUUAAAAUCAAUUCAAAAAAGGAUGCAAUUUGGUUGCCGCAAAAAUAUUUCUGUAUCAAAAGAUGGGACCUACCUAUUACCUGAAAAUUUAUUUGAAAAAUUAGAGAGUAUCAAGGAUGCAAAACGUAAUUGGAAAUUUCUUUUAAAAUCUAGGUAUCAGGAAUUUUUAAUGAUUGAUACAAGCAACCAUCAAAAAAUAAACAUUGAAAUAUAUGAUGUUAAUAAUUUACAAUUAGUGAAUGUUUUUUACAGGCAUCGUGGAGAACAAUGUUUGAACUCAAAUGAUAAAGAACCUGGAAUUUUUGCAAUAUCAACUGAUUCGAGAUUAUUUGCUUAUUCUUAUUAUGGAAAUAACGUUAUUACACUUUAUUUAAUGGAAAAUGGUCUGGAAAUUGUUUCUAAAAGAUUUGAUAAAAUUUAUAAAAUAAAAUUUUUAGAAUUUAUUGAAAAAGAUAAGAAACUAUUCAUUAUUGGAGAAGACAAGGAGCAUAAUGUGAAAUUUCACAUUUGGAUUAUAUCAGGAUGUUUUAAAAAUGAUUUUCCUGUUUCUAGAGAUGAUAUUAAAUUAUCAGGUAAUGAUAUUUCUACUUUAUUGAAAUAUGAUGAAUACUAUCAUACUUUAACAAAAGCAAAUGGAAAAAUAGUCACUCUUGAAAAGUAUAAUGAGGAUCGAUUUAAAGUACUAUUAGAUAUACUACCUAUAAAAAGAACGGCCUUUAGAGAAAAUGACGUUGUGGCUGAUGAGCAUAAUGAGCAUAAAUAUAGAUCAAGUGAUCUGGAACCAUGGAAUAAUAAUGUUAAUGAUACAAGAACUAUUCAUGGUAGAUUUCUCAACAAUGACAGAAGAUUUCUCUUUAUUAUUGGUCAAAAUAGUAUUCAAGUCUGGAAAUCCAAAUCUCCAUAUUUUAUAGAUUUUAACGAUUUUCAUAAUUUUGAAGAUUCCAAUCUUGUAUAUAUUUUAAUAAGUGACAAUAUCAGGCCGGAGGCGGAAACUAAAUUUCUAGUUGAAGAUGAUAUGACUACUGUUAUAACUCAUGCAUGUAAAUCACUUGCUUAUCUAUAUAGAAGUACCAAAAGUAUCGAUUCUAAAAAAAAUCAAAAGUUUGUUAGUGGAAUCAUAAAUAUUAUCAAAGAUUUUAUUAAAAGAUACCCUGAUAAUUGGAAACUUAUGGAGGUUCAACAUCCUUUAAUGGCAUAUCUUAUUUAUUCACGUUCAUUUCCUUUAAUAAAAUACAUUCUAUUCGAAAAUUACACAAACCUCAAAGUAUAUAUAGUUCUUACCCAUAUUAUGAUGGUUUGGAAUUACAUAAUGAUUUGGAAUUACAAAACAAUUAUUUAAAAUCAGCUAAUGAUUUGACAUUAGCUUUAAAUUUUGUCAAGAUCGGGAUGCUGUGAUGUUGGCGUAUUUAUUGGAAUAUUAUUCUGAAAAUUUUAUGUCUCAUAUAGGUUGGAUGCUUAAUGUUACAAAAAUACUUCCAGACUUAUCAAAAUUAUCUAAUCAUGAUUAUUAUGGUAAUUAUAUGGAUUCAUUACUCUUUAAACCUUGUUUUGGAGAAAUGAAGUAUAAUUUU